CAUGUGUAUCAUCUCUUGAAUCUCGCCAUCGACAGAGGGAAUUCUGUAGAUUGAUAUGGAUAUGAAGAAGAAUGAGGACAAAGACCAUGUUGUUCCUUCACCCUUUACUCACCACAGAUGGGUUGCAUUGGCAUUCAUCUUUCUCUUUCUCUUAUUGGGAGUGUUUGUAGGCCUUUUGAUUGCAUAUUUGGUGCAAGAGCAGCAUUAUUUCAUGGAGACCGUGGAAUUAAAAGGACUUGAAUAUGACUCAGAUCUUAAAGAUGGCUCAUCAGCUUUCUCUAUGGUGUUAUCAGCCACCCUGAAAAGCAAGAUAAAAAAUGUUUUCCUGACCUCAUCAUUAGCAAAUCAUUUUAUUGAUUGUGAAAUGGUUGCUUAUGGAAACAUCAAGGGAAAUGUGAUGGCAACAUUUCGGCUGGUCUUCCGCGUAUCUAAGGUCCAGCAGUACUCUAACACAUACAUCCAGGAGUUGCUGAGAGCAGGCCUAGAAACUCUACUUAAUGGGCAACCACUGUUAAUUCCAAAGUUCGGAGAGAUUCACACCAUCACACUUCUAGGGGCCAGUGGAAAGUCAUUUUACAACAUUGGAGAUGAUACAGACACCUGCCCUAGUAACACUUUUGUCUGUCUCAAUGGGGAGUGUGUAACAAAGCUCAAUCCAGAGUGUGAUUUGAUUAAUGAUUGUGCUGAUGGUUCUGAUGAAGUUGAUUGCUCCUGUGGUACCCGUCCUGCCAUGGGCAGUCGUGUGGUUGGGGGUGAGGAUGCUCGCCGCGGGGAGCUGCCCUGGCAGGUCAGUCUUCGGUUACAUGGCCGCCACACCUGCGGGGCUUCCAUCAUCAACAGCCGCUGGCUCGUCAGCGCUGCCCACUGUUUUGAGAGGGAGAAUGACCCCAGUGUCUGGACAGCACUGAUAGGAGCCAGCCGGGUGAGUGGAGAGGAGACCGAGGCAACCAUGGUGAACAUCAAGUCCCUUAUUGUAUCUCCAGAUUACAAUCCCAUGACCACCAACAACGAUGUGACUGUGUUGGAACUGGAGGACCCCAUAUCCUUCCACCAAUAUGUCCAACCGGUCUGUCUGCCCUCCCCAGCACAUGUCUUCAGCCCUGGGAAAAAAUGUGUGGUGUCUGGCUGGGGCGCUCUCAACCAGUUCACCAGUGAUAUACCUCCUGUGCUUCAGAAGGCAGUGGUGAAAAUCAUUGAUUCCAGGAUAUGCAAUCAAUCAUCUGUAUACCAAGGGACUAUCACACAGAACAUGAUGUGUGCUGGCUUUUUGCAAGGAAAAGUAGACUCUUGCCAAGGGGACUCUGGAGGACCCCUGGUGUGUGAGGAAUCUCCAGGGCGGUUCUUCCUGGCUGGUGUGGUGAGCUGGGGCGUAGGCUGUGCUCAGAUCAACAAGCCAGGGGUUUACUCGCGCGUUACUAAGCUACGCAACUGGAUCCUCCAUUACACCAACCCAGGCCAAGUCCAGAUGCCACCAGCUCUGCCCAAUGCCACACAUGUGCUUGACUACAUGCUAAAAACACCGUCGUCACCUCUCAUUAUGACAGGAACCAGUUGUACUGGUGCCUUCAGCUGUGGGUCUGGAAGCUGCGUUGCCAAAAUAAACCCUGAGUGUGACAACAUCCCUGACUGCCCGAAUGAAUCAGAUGAAAAGCAUUGUGACUGUGGGCAGCGGCCUGCAGAGCAGCAGGAGAGGGCAGUGGGUGCAAGAGCUGCCCAGCGAGGAGAGUGGCCGUGGGUGGGCAGUCUACAGUACCAGCGCUCCUAUCGCUGCGGAGCCACGCUCAUUCACAGUAAAUGGCUUCUGACCGCAGCGCAAUGCUUCAACAGGGAUUUGAGCCCAAAUGACUGGUCUGUGAGUCUGGGCUCUGUGUUUCCUGUUGGACUGGGUGCCUUAGUAAUACCUGUGCAGACGAUCAUCGUCCAUCCUGGCUUCAACAGCACCAGUAAGGAUUUUGAUGUGGCUCUUGUACAGCUGUCCAUCCCAGCACCGAGAUCCUACACCAUACAGCCUGUGUGCCUGCCAUCAUCUUUCCAUGUCUUCAAUGAGAACACAGAAUGCUACAUCACUGGGUGGGGACCAGUUAGUAAUAAAGGCAAACAAGCCAAACUGUUGCAGAAAGCCAGAGUCAACAUUAUGAACCAGACAGAGUGCCAGGGGUCCUAUGCUGAAGAUCUGUCAGCGAGAAAGAUGUGUGUUGUCUCCAUGGACGGUGACACAGAUAUGUGUCUGGGAGGCCGUGGGAGUCCCCUUACAUGCCGGGAGCAUCAUGGUCGCUGGUUUGCGGCGGGGGUGGCCAACUGGGGAAAAAGCUGUCGAGAGAAUGGCCUCCCAAGUGUUUAUAUCCGUGUUACAUCCAUCAGGGAAUGGAUAUCAAAAUAUCUUCCAUUUUAAGGAUGCAUUAGAAAAUACACUACAGGAUUACAAACUGCCAUUAUACUGUGAGAAUUUCUUAUUUAGCUCAUUCACUGAAUUUGUUCAGACUUCUGUGAAUUAAAUGUUUUUGCCUGGUUGUAAUGCAGUCACAGAGCAUCUACUAUACUGUCAAGCAUCUCUUAUUUAUUACCUCUACAUAAUGUAUAAAGUGAGUUGUUUGAAACAUGAUCCACUCUGUGUAUAAAGCAUCUAUAUCAAUACAACAUCAGAUUUGAUACUUGGGAUGUAGAAACCUUAGGGAUUUGUGUGGUGCUCUCAUAAUAACCAUCACUGUUGGUAUUUGAUGAUUCAAAAUUAGAAUGUUUGUAAUGAAAAUGUUA